GGCCAGCUCAGGCACCGCAUUUGGAAGGCUAUCAGAUUGAGGAUCGUUGUUUGAAAGAUGGUAAUGACUUGGUUCCGAAGCCGGAGAGCGUCGGCGCAGGAAUACGGAGGGCGUGGGACUUGGUCGUAUAAUUAAUAGGCAGAGGGAGAUAUGCGCUGGCCCGACUACGUUACCCCGCCGACAGGGGGCUCUUGAUUACGACCAAUGAUGGUGAGACGUCGCGAUGAGGAUGACCCGACCGCGAUGAGGGGAGAGGAAUUCUCGAAGCCCAUCUGCUGGCAAAUGUGUCAAGUCUGAUGAUUGAAACCUCCGAGGCAAUCUCUCAAAAAGCUUGACACCUGCGGCGGGUGGCGCCAUGGAUGAGUCUCCCCUUUUCACUUCCUUCUAUAAGCACAAGGCCCUAUCGGGUACAAAUGCAAUUCGGAUCCUCGAACUUCUUCCGGGGCCACGCGGCACACCCAUUCACGUAAGGCUCAUUUCUGCCAGCCUCGAUGAUAACCCCGUUUAUGAAGCGCUAUCCUACGAAUGGGGUCUUCCUAGCAGAGGCACAUACCAACCAAAGGAUGUGCCGAAUCUUGUCCAAAUAACGGUUACCAUUAAGCGGUUCAUUUUUUGCGACGGCGAGUCGAUUUUAAUCACGGAGAACCUGGAAGCGAUCCUCCAGCGGCUGCGUUACCCUGAUGGCCAAACCAGGUUUCUGUGGAUUGAUGGCAUUUGCAUCAACCAGGAUGAUGUCCAAGAGAGGACGAGCCAGGUCUCCUUGAUGACGCGCAUCUACGGGCAAGCAUCCAAAGCACUGGUCUGGAUUGGCGAGGAGAAGGCCGAUACCGAAGCGGCGUGGAUGUUAAUCGACGAGCUUGCAUACAGAUAUAACCAGGCUACGGAAGAUGCCAAUCCAACCACGUCACAGCGGCCUCGAAAAGUCGUAAUUGACGACCGCGUUUUGGACCUGGUGAAAGGACCAUACUUGGCUGCCUUGGCAGAUCUUUUCACGAGAUCCUACUUUGGGCGGAUCUGGAUAGUCCAAGAAAUCCUCCUGGCGAAGACGGCCGAGGUGAUCUGCGGAAGCCAUACAAUUCCAUGGCCGGACUUCUGGCAUGCCGCCACCGUCAUCGUCAAACUGGGCCUUGUCGUUGAUGUGGGAAAGACUGAGGUUCGACAACGGUGGAUAUGGCAUCGGCUGAUCAGCAUAGGCGAGCUCUGGGAGCAUAGACACGCGCUGUCGGGGUUGUGGCCAUCGCUGCCCACACCAUCUCUCCACGCCCUCGUCGAGCUCUUUCUUGGUAACCAGGUCACCGAUCCCCGUGAUCGUAUUUACGGCAUGCUUGGUAUGGUCAGACCGGAAUCACAGUUUGGGCGGGAUAAUCCGCUGCAAGCGGACUACACAAAGUCCAUUGAGGAUGUGUACCGGAGCGCGUUCGAAUGGUCUCUGAAGGACUCUCAAAGACUGGCCAUGCUCGACCAUUGCGACGCACCAGCAACUAACAAGAUCUACGGCUUCCCCACAUGGAUACCAGAUCUCACCAAGGGGCCGAAGAAAUGCCCUCUUCCGAGAAUUGACCUCCUCCCCUCACGAUCUGCCGGAUCCCUAAUGUCUCUUUUCGGAGACCAGUUCGCAUUCUCAAUCAACGGCAAAACGCUCUCCGUCAGGGGGUUGAUCUUCGACCAAGUCUCCUUCGCCCGCUCUCCCACCACACAAGACGGCAAGCACCUCGUGAUGAUGGAGCAGUUCCACCUUUUCCACGACGAUCAGGACCCUUACCCUACCGGCGGCAGCAAGCUUGACGCGCUGUGGCGCACCUUCCUCUGCAACUACAUCUCGACGGGGGAUUCAACGGGAGAAUACCAGGUCGCUCCCGCUUCUUACCGAGCGCACUUUACAAAGUGCAAUUCGCGCGAGUUCCUGAACCAUCUCGGCCUACCCGAGAAGCUCACCGGCAAGGAACCCGACCUCUGCUACAUGGGUGACCCCGAUAAGUUCUUCAGCUUGCAUGCCAUGUUUCCCGAGGACGUGCGGAAUAAUAUCUCCAUAUUGGCUCUGAUGGCCAAGCACCGUUUCAUCCGGUUUCUGUACGAGAGCUUGGGCGGGGAAGGUGACGGCGAGCUGUGGGUUGCGCAGAUACGAGGUCGGGAAGUCCUGUGCGAUGGCGACGAGGGGCGGCAGUUCUUUGUUACGAGGAAGGGAUUCAUGGGGCUCGGGCCGCCUUGUCCUCCGGUGCAGAUCGAUGAGUCUGGAAAUGCUUUACUUCCGACAGGAUCAGGUGUUCGCUCUGCGGAUGUUGUUGCUGUCUUGGCAGGGAGUGAUAAGGUCUGGGUGUUAAGGAGUAAUGGAAGAGGUGGCUACACUAUCGUUGGAGAUGCAUAUGUGUAUGGUUUGACGGAGGGAUUUUGUUUCAAUAGGGGAAGACUGCCGAGACUAGGGGACCUGGAUUUAUACUAAUUAA